CUUUUCUUCCUUCAAACAUUGCUUUAUUUUCUCCUAAAUUUUUAACAUUUUCAGAAAAAAAAUUCGGGGUUUUAAAAACAUUUAAUUAAAAGAAAAAAAAAGAUCUCUUUUGUGUUUAUUUGUGUUUCAUUCAGAUGACAAUUUCCGACUUCAUGGAAGAAGUGGGAUGUAGUAGUGGUAAAGAGAAGAUAUCAAAUGGAUCAGUGAGGAUGGAUUUUGAUAUUGAUGAUCUUUUUGAAGUAGACGAUGAUGAUUGGGAUGAGGACGACGGUGAGGAUGAGGAUGAUAGCCAUGAUAUGGUUUUAAUGAAAGAGUUGGGUGAAGGUUUCUUGAAAAACUUCUGUAAAAAAGCAGCAACUGGUUUUUUUGAGAAGUAUGGUUUAAUCAAUCACCAGAUUAAUUCAUAUAAUGACUUCAUCAACUAUGGAAUACAAAGGGUGUUUGACUCGGUCGGGGAGAUCCAUGUUGAACCAGGUUAUGAUCCAUCAAAGAGAGGUGAUGGUGAUUGGAAGCAUGCUUCUGUGAAAUUUGGGAAAGUAACCCUUGAGCGGCCAAAGUUUUGGGCUGGGGAGAAGUUUUCUGUGGACGGUGGGAAAGAGUACCUGGACUUGUGGCCACGCCAUGCUCGCCUUCAGAACAUGACUUAUUCUGCCAGGAUUAUGGUUGAGACUCAUGUUCAGGUUAGGGAAUGUUGUUUUU